GGUCUUCCCUUCGUCUCCGCCCCACUCCCUCCCUCCCCACACACCGCACGCACAGCCUCGAGCCCACGACCACGACUCGGCCGCAAUGGCGGAGCCCGAGUCCUCCACGGCCGCCGCCGGCGGCAGCCGCCUCCGCAACGCCUUCGGGGGCGUGCUGUGCGCCUUCACCCUCCUCCUCAUCGGCGUCCUCGCCUUCUCGAUCCGCCUCUUCUCCGUGAUCAAGUACGAGAGCGUGAUCCACGAGUUCGACCCCUACUUCAACUUCCGCGUCACUCAGUUUUUGUCGAAGAAUGGGAUUUACGAGUUCUGGAACUGGUUUGAUGACAGGACAUGGUACCCCCUUGGCCGUGUGAUUGGUGGUACUGUGUACCCUGGCUUGACAUUGACAGCUGGAACCAUUUGGUGGUUGCUAAAUUCUCUGAACAUUCCACUGUCAGUAGAGACUGUGUGUGUGUUCACUGCUCCAAUUUUCUCGGCAAAUGCUUCCUGGGCUACUUACCUAUUAACAAAGGAAGCUAAGGGCACUGGGGCUGGAUUGAUGGCAGCAGCCAUUUUGGCAAUGGUCCCCUCAUACAUCUCAAGAUCCGUCGCAGGAAGCUAUGAUAAUGAAGCUGUAGCAAUAUUUGCAUUGAUAUUCACAUUUUAUUUAUAUGUCAAGACAUUGAACACAGGAUCACUCUUUUAUGCAACACUCAAUGCUCUCUCAUAUUUUUACAUGGUCUGUUCUUGGGGAGGCUACACAUUCAUCAUUAACCUUAUUCCAAUUCAUGUACUGUUGUGCAUUGUAACUGGUCGUUAUUCUUCACGGCUUUACAUUGCUUAUGCUCCCCUCGUUAUACUGGGAACUCUUCUGGCAGCCUUAGUACCUGUUGUUGGUUUUAAUGCAGUGAUGACAUCUGAACACUUUGCAUCAUUUCUGGUGUUCAUAAUCCUACAUGUGGUUGCUCUUGUGUAUUAUGUAAAAGGACUUCUGACUCCCAGACUGUUCAAAGUAGCUAUGACCCUUGUCAUAACAGUUGGCUUGGCUGUUUGUUUUGCAGUUGUAGCUAUACUCAUCGCUUUGGUGGCAUCUAGCCCCACAAAGGGAUGGAGUGGGCGCAGUUUGAGUCUACUUGAUCCAACCUAUGCAAGCAAGUACAUUCCCAUUAUUGCUAGUGUCAGCGAACAUCAACCCCCUACCUGGCCCUCCUAUUUUAUGGAUAUCAAUGUGUUGGCCUUCUUGAUUCCUGCUGGGAUCAUUUCGUGCUUCUUGCCUUUAUCUGAUGCAAGUUCCUUUGUGGUCUUGUACUUGGUCACUGCAGUGUAUUUUUCUGGAGUAAUGGUGCGGCUUAUGCUUGUCCUUGCUCCUGCUGCAUGUAUUUUAUCAGGAAUUGCUCUCUCUGAGGCUUUUGACGUCCUCACACGAUCUGUUAAAUACCAGCUAUCAAAAUUAUUUGAUGACAGCCCUGCUGCUUCAGGGGAUAGUAGCACAGAGAGUUCUAGUGCUAGCACUGCCUCUACAAAUUCAGCGAAAAAUGAGACUAGGUCUGAAAAAACCGAAACAGCCUUGAAGGAAAAACCAUCAAAGAAAAACCGCAAGAAGGAAAAGGAAGUGGCUGAAAGUGUUCCUGUAAAACCAAAAAAGGAAAAGAAGCUUCUGGUACUUCCUAUGGAGGCAUCUGUUUUGGGCAUUUUGUUGCUGAUCGUGUUAGGUGGUUUCUAUGUGGUCCAUUGUGUGUGGGCAGCAGCUGAGGCGUACUCAGCUCCUUCAAUUGUGUUGACUUCUCGUUCACGCGAUGGAUUGCAUGUUUUUGAUGAUUUCCGUGAAGCUUAUGCAUGGCUCAGCCAUAACACAGAUGUUGAUGACAAGGUUGCAUCCUGGUGGGAUUAUGGUUAUCAAACAACUGCAAUGGCCAACAGGACUGUGAUUGUAGACAAUAAUACCUGGAACAAUACUCACAUAGCAACAGUUGGAACGGCGAUGUCAUCCCCUGAAAAAGCAGCUUGGGAAAUCUUCAAUUCUUUAGAUGUCAAAUAUGUUCUUGUUGUAUUUGGAGGGCUUGUUGGCUACCCUAGCGAUGAUAUUAACAAGUUCCUUUGGAUGGUUCGCAUAGGAGGUGGUGUAUUCCCUCACAUCAAGGAACCUGAUUAUCUAAGGGAUGGUAACUAUCGGGUUGAUGCUCAAGGCACUCCAACUAUGCUGAAUUGCCUCAUGUACAAGCUUUGCUAUUACAGGUUCGUUGAGACUGAUGGCAAAGGCUUUGAUAGAGUAAGAGGAUAUGAAAUAGGAAAGAAGCAUUUUAAACUGACACAUUUUGAGGAGGUUUUCACGACCCACCACUGGAUGGUCCGUAUAUAUAAAUUGAAACCUCAAAAGAACAGGGUUCGAGGCAAGUUGAAGAAGUUGAAAUCUGGUUCCAAAGCUAGCUCAACGAAUGUGGCAGGCCGAAAGAAGAACCCAUGGCAAUAAAAAUGAGUAAAUGACAAAAGGCUACGUAGUUGCUUGGAAUUUACUUUUGCUAGCUCAACUACACUAAGCUCAAAAGAACUAGAAAAUCACAGACCUAGGAUUAGAGACUGCUGCGUCAUUGCACUCAGUAUUUGACACCCCUAAUAUGUUUUUGGGACCAGCAAGAGUGCUGAAGAAAUUUUUGAUAGACUGCUGUAAGCGUUUUGGCCCAAUUGUCCGCGAUAUGCAGUUUGGUGUCUUUUACUCAUUUUGCACUGAGGAUGUUUUGGCGGGCGUACAUUACAACGAGAAACGUGAUUUGGAAAAAUGAUAACAUGGCCAUGAUUGUGAUU